CACACUCUAAUCUUUCUGGUCAAUUUGUGCAAUCUGUACUUUCCAUCCAGUUCUGUUCAGUACACAAACUGCUCUAUAAAACACCCAGAAAUCUGAGAGAGCAAGCCAAAGUUUGCGAUAUUCUACCAGCUAACACACAACAAACCUCAUCAAAAUGAAAGACACCCUGGGAAUCAGAGGCCAUGCCUUCAUCUGUGUUCUCUUCGGCCUGUUGGCUUUCCAAACCUCCUCUCAGGCUGCAGACGGUACAGAGGACGAGGUGUCCUUUCUAAAGUUGAAACUAAACCUUUUGCUGAAUAGCUACAGAAACAUGUGUAACGUCUACUCCCGCUUGGCACCCAACUGCUCAGCACCAGUAUUCACUUGCACUGAGUGUCCCAACAAGUGGCUGCAUGUAGGGGACCAGUGCUUCUUCCUCAGCACUGACAGGCAUAGCUGGUCCGAUAGUGUAGAACAUUGUGAAAAGAUGGGAGGCCAUCUUGCCAUCUUGACCACCAGAGAACAGCAUGACGCCGUGGAAAAAGAAGGCAGAAGAAUCGCAGGGUUAUACACAAACUACUGGAUCGGACUGAAUGACAUCGAGAAUGAAGGACACUGGAAAUGGGUGGACAACUCAACACUUCAAAUCUCAUAUUGGGACGUAUUGAAAUCAGAGCCAGACAACAACCUGUCUGGUGGGAGAGGGAGAGGACUGUGCAGUGGUGGACAGCUACACUCAGAGCUGGUACGAUGUUCCCUGUUCCUUCACGUAUCCCAGCGUCUGCCAGAAGGCCGCCACGCCGCUCCCAUGAGCCCCAGCACACCACUACAGGACCACCACUCAGUUAGUUAUGAAAGCUACUGAUUCUUUAUUGAAAAAACUUCACUUGUGAAUGUGCAAAUAAAAUUCAACUCAUGAUUUAAGUA